AUGGGUAUCCUUGAGACCAAAAAUUUCUCUAUCAUCGACUUCUCCUACUUCGCUGAUCAUCCUUCUGCGCUCCUUUCAAGGUCAUCGAGGGAUGCUCUUAUGCUGGUGCCUGCCAUGUCAGCGAUGGGACUAUGCAGAGCAAUCUGCGCUCCGUGUUCAUCAUCAUCCACUUUUUACAUUACCUCAUAUCCAAUUAGUCCAACCCCCCAAUACC